AACAUGAUAAUCAAGUAAUGCGUGGCAACUCUUAUCAUCACUCAAUAAAUUAGUCGACAUUAAAGUCAUAAUUUGCGAUCGAUUCGAAACUAUGGGCAAUUCUAUUGCAGCAAAAAUAAUGUACCAUGAUUCUCGUUGUGACGCCCCCAUUGAAGUGGUGAUACCGCCGAGUGUUAAGACCAUAAGAAAUCUUAAAUUAUUUUUAUCGGCCAAUAAUUUGAUGAAUAACAACACGGAUUCAUUGCUCAUCAAAGAGUCGGGAAAAUCAAGCUGCUAUUUAGAUGAUAAGUCAUUGAGCGAGUUGGCUCAGCAAAGUAUUAUCUACAUUUGUCCCACAGCCAAAUCAUCAAGUGUAACCCAAGAGUUGGAGCAAAAGAUCACUCAAUUAAUUGAAGAGGUGUCGGCACUAAAGACGAAGGAGUAG